AGUGGCGUUUGAACUGGGACAUAUUUGCUCUGGAAGGAACAAACAGCCCAGCACCAAAGUUCACACUGAAACCCUGCUGGUGGCCCUUUCUGAUUUCAUCUUUGUAACGCCACUGCUCAGAGGCACACAGCUUUAGCUCCGCAAACAUGAAGCAUCCAUUCCACCCUCUUCUUCUUCUUCCUGUCCUCAUGUCCAUGUGUGUUGGGAGCAAUGGCCUUGCUGAGCAGCCAGCUAAUGAAAGCUUGAGCAUGUCCUUUCUGCCCGCUAACUUCCACAAAGAAAACACCGUCACCAAUGACUGGAUUCCAGAGGGGGAGGAGGAGGAGGACUAUCUGGACCUGGAAAAGCUACUCAGUGAAGAUGAUGACUACAUUUAUAUCAUUGAUGCAGUUUCCCCGACAGACGCAGAAUCAAGCGCUGGGAACAUCCUGCAGCUUUUCCAAGGCAAGAGCCGGAUCCAACGUCUUAAUAUUCUCAAUGCAAAGUUUGCCUUCAACCUCUACCGGGUCCUGAAGGACCAGGCCCCCACUUCUGACAACAUCUUCCUGGCACCUGUUGGCAUUUCUACUGCCAUGGGGAUGAUUUCCUUAGGCUUGAGGGGAGAGACCCAUGAGGAAGUACACUCAGUUCUACACUUUAAAGACUUUGUCAAUGCUAGCAGCAAGUAUGAGAUAACCACCAUUCAUAAUCUCUUUCGAAAGUUGACCCAUCGCCUAUUUAGGAGGAACUUCGGGUACACGCUCCAGUCGGUUAAUGACCUCUACAUUCAGAAGCAGUCUCCCAUCCGGGAGGACUUCAAAGCUGGUAUGAGAGAGUUUUACUUUGCUGAGGCCCAGGGAGCUGACUUCUCAGAUCCUGACUUCAUAUCGAAGGCAAACAACCACAUUCUGAAGCUCACCAAGGGCCUCAUAAAAGAAGCGCUGGAGAAUAUAGAUCCUGCUACUCAGAUGAUGAUCCUGAACUGCAUCUACUUCAAAGGAACUUGGGUGAAUAAAUUUCCAGUAGAAAUGACACACAACCACAACUUCCGUCUCAAUGAGCGAGAGGUAGUUAAAGUCUCCAUGAUGCAGACUAAAGGGAAUUUCCUUGCGGCAAGUGACCAGGAGCUGGACUGUGACAUUCUUCAGCUGGAGUAUGUAGGGGGCAUCAGCAUGUUAAUUGUGAUCCCACGCAAGCUGUCGGGAAUGAAGACUCUUGAAGCUCAGCUGACGCCCCAGGUAGUAGAGAGAUGGCAAAAAAGCAUGACAAACAGAACUCGAGAGGUACUUCUGCCCAAAUUUAAGCUUGAGAAGAACUACAACCUGGUGGAGGUCCUCAAGUCCAUGGGAAUCACAAAGCUGUUCAACAAAAAUGGCAACAUGUCAGGCAUCUCAGAGCAAUGGAUCACUAUUGACCUGUUUAAGCACCGAAGCACCAUCACGGUGGAUGAAGAGGGCACACAAGCCGCAGCUGUGACCACGGUGGGGUUCAUGCCGCUGUCUACCCAAGUCCGGUUCGCUGUUGACCGUCCUUUCCUGUUUCUAGUGUAUGAGCACCGAACCAGCUGCCUGCUCUUCAUGGGGAGAGUGGCUAACCCCACAAGGUCUUAAUGGUGGCAGUCUGGGCACCUGCUGUAGUUUGGGGACACUCUGUAAUUCUGUUCUCAGUCUAACAAAGAGGACAGAGAUAUUUUGAUAUGAUAACUUAUGCUGGCACAGUAAACAAGGCCACAAGACCACAGAAGUCAAUGUAUUAACUCUAGUGCCAGCCAUUCCCCAGAGGUCCUGGCAACAUACAGACUGCCUCAACCCCUACUCCUGUGCCCCUAGGAGCUAACUGCCAGAGUGUAUGCGAUACUCUCUGCGGGUAGCAUCAUCAGCUUUAUUAUUGAAGGCUUUUUCUCAAACAGUCCCCAUCUGAAGGCUGUUCAGGCCAGUGGAAAAGUAACCUCAACACACCUGAGGUGUUGGGACCAUCUCCUCUCCUGCUGCCUCACGGUUACCUAGGUGUGUACACAAGGCUACAGAUCCUAUUCUAGAGAUAAAUAAACAACUAUAUUUACUGUG